GCGAAGGCAGCGGCGGGGCCGCGUCAUGGCGGGGACGGCGCUCAAGCGGCUGAUGGCCGAAUACAAGCAGCUGACCCUGAACCCACCAGAAGGGAUUGUAGCAGGUCCCAUGAAUGAAGAGAACUUCUUUGAGUGGGAAGCUCUGAUUAUGGGUCCUGAAGACACCUGCUUCGAGUAUGGAGUUUUCCCUGCUGUUCUGAGCUUUCCACUCGACUACCCACUGAGUCCUCCAAAGAUGAGGUUCACGUGCGAGAUGUUCCACCCAAACAUUUACCCAGAUGGGAGAGUUUGCAUCUCUAUUCUUCAUGCUCCUGGGGAUGAUCCCAUGGGAUAUGAGAGCAGCGCUGAGCGGUGGAGUCCUGUGCAGAGUGUGGAAAAGAUCCUCUUGUCUGUUGUUAGCAUGCUGGCAGAGCCAAACGAUGAAAGUGGAGCCAACGUCGAUGCCUCCAAGAUGUGGCGGGAAGACAGAGAACAAUUCAACAAAAUUGCCAAGCAAAUUGUGCAGAAGUCACUUGGACUUUAAGCUCACAAAGAGACUGAAGUGUUUUGUAUUUCUCUCCACCUGAAAAUGAGCAGUGCUCAUUCACUGGUACCAAAAAAGGAAAACUUUGCAAAACUAUUGGCCUAGUUCUUCUUAUCAUUUGUUAUUUAUUUACCAUCGCCUUUCUUCUGCCACUGCUCCAGAGAAACCUCUAGUUCACUCUGUGUGGAAAAGGGGGUUAAGACUAGGGAAAAGCAUGGAGACAAUGCUGAUUCAAAGGUUGCUUAUUGCUACCUCACUUCAUGGUAUGGAAAGCUUGAAGACCUGGCAAUCUGCAGCCUGCCUUCACCUGUUUGCUGUUUGAGAACAGAGCUGGUUUGGAUCACCUGCUGAAGAAUGAUUUGUAUGGUUUUUAUGGUAGCGUUGCACCUGGAGCAGCAGCAGUCAGGAAAUAAUCUAACAGCUUUAUGAUAUUCUCUAAGUUAAGGUCAGCAUUUUACAGUCAGAACUGAUUUGAAGAGUCUAGGUAGCAAGAGAGGCUGUAAAACAAAGCUACAGUCAGGAUGUGUUAGCAAAGACAGUGAUCAUGCAGCAUGUAGCUUCAAGAGAGGAUCUAAGCAGUUGUCAGUGUCUGGUUGGGGUCCUAGGACGGAUCGGUGUUCCCACGUAACAACAAGUUUGUAUUGAGCCUUUGGAUCAGUGUUAGCUUGGAAAAAAGCCCAAGAGCUGCUUUAUUACACCUUAAAGGCAUUCACUUGUAAACUUUACACUCAGAGGUGCAAAAUGUAAAGAUUGGCUUCUUGAACACUCUGGUCAGGGUCACACCAUGGGUGAAAUAGGUCAUUGGCAGCCUCGAGAUCCAGUGAGAAUAUGUUUGCUGUUCUGGGCAUGUAAAAUCUCUGCAAGAAUGUCACCUCCUCUUCUGUUGACUUUUGAGUGUUGAGAGCAUUAGGCACUGCAGGCCUUUGCCACUUCAGCCCAAAGUCACCCAUUUUUAGGUAAACAAGUGAUGAUGAAUUUUGUGAGAUGAACACUUCUUAUGCUGACUGCUCUUGGGUAUCUAGAUAGGAGUCAGAGAAGACUUUGACUAUUCUCUAGAGGAUGCUUAGAGCCACAGAGUGUUGUAGCUGGCUGCUGGUGUGGAGGAUGUGAGUAUUGCCAACUGCAACAAUCAAUUUGUAAAGCUGCUUAAAGGCCACUGGUGACCUCUGUUCUUUGCAGGUGAAUCUCUCCUGUAGGUCCAAAUAUUCUCCAGUUCACUACAAGCAAUAAGAUGCCUGUUAACAGCACAUGGAACCAGAUUGUGUUGGUAGCUUUAAAUUGGCUCCAUUUGAGAAGGGCUUUAUAAAAUUCCUGUGAAAAGCACAUGGCAAGGAAAGAGUCACAUCGUGGAGAGAGCUUUCCAGAGGUGAUUGUGUGCAUGUGCACUUGUACAGCUUGUCAGUAUUCCUGUCCUGGUGUCUGUGCUGCACUUCACGUGCUGCAGAUCGCAGUGUGCCAUCCUUCUGCAUCUCUGAAGGGUUCCUGUUGCUACAACUUGCUGGUUUUACCUCCUUGUAGAAGUAAUUCUUCUUGCUUUGGUGUUAAGGGAGCCUGACAUAGUUUAAGAGCAGAUGAUGAAAUAGUGUUGUACCUAACUAGUAUUUCAAGGCACACAGGAAAACGUAGCACUUGUGUGCAAACUGGGAGUGUUUUUUGAAUCAUAGUAGAUGUAGCAUUGUUCCUGGGGGGUACUGCAGCUCUUCUUGGAAACAAUACUGGAGAGCUGUGAGCACCACAUGGCAAAGGAUGAAUUCAGCAGACAUGGCAAGAGUGGGCUGUUUUUAAGUGCAGAGUGUUUUAUUCAUGUGUGCUCACUCGUUAUUUUAUGGUGGC